AUGGGGAAGAGAAAAGAGCGUCGUUUUGCCGCCAAUAAUACCAGCCGUCGUGUCAAGCUUGAUCUCUCUGCGGAACCCUCUGGAGAUUUGGGUGGCUCAGAUGUGCGCGAUGGAGUUGAGAGGGAACAAACAGAGCCUAAUGAGUUACCCAAUUCACCAUCUUCUUCAGAUCCGAAAACAGAGAAUCCAUUGGUUUUACUUGGGCAAUAUAGUGACGAUGAUGUGGAAGAGAAUUUGGAUGAGAGAAAAGAUGUUGCCACUGCAGAUAGCUCCUUAGCCAAUAAAAAUGAGCAGGUUGAUGGAUUACUUCAGGAAGGACAUAAAGAUGCAGAUAUUAAAUUGGGUGCAGACACCUCUAUGCAGUUGGUUGACCAACAUAAAACAGUGAAGGAUUCUUCCGCACCUGAUUUUAAGGCCGAAGGGGAGAUUAGUUAUGUCACAGUGACUCCCUCAGUUCAAGCAUUUGGCCCUGUGUCUUUGGAGCACCAUGUUCCUACGGAUGUUACAUCGAUGUGGAAGAUGAUUUUGCAUGAGGAGAGCAAUCAGUAUUACUACUGGAAUACAGAAACUGGGGAAACGUCUUGGGAAAUUCCUGCGGUUCUGAUUCAAACUGCUAGUGCAUAUGGGACUGGGUACAAUCCGUCGGGUCCCGUGGUUACAUAUGAGUCAACGUUGGUUUCUGGUGUUGAACCAAGCUAUUUGCAACCCGUGCAAAAUGAUUUCAUAGGAACUGACUGUUCCACUACUCUAACAGUUGAGUUGGGUGAGAGAAACAAAAGUGAUUAUCAUCAAGUUGAAUGUCAGAUGGACUCUGCUGUUAAUUACCAGCCAGGUCAGGAGGAACUUGCAGGGGCAGGAAAUUCAGAUCAUUCACAGGCUAAUUUUGAUACAGGAGCGGCUACUGACCUUCCGUCUCGUCUGUUGAGUCAAACCGAAGGCUUACUGGAGAAGCUGAGGUCUCUGAAAAAGUCUCAUGGGAACUUUGACAGCAAUGAGAAGAUAUCAAAGUACAUUCUUGAGGUUGAAGUCAGACAUUCUGAUGUUAAGGCGCUCAUACUGGAUACCUCGCCUUUACUUUCUUUUUGGCUUCACACUGAGAAACAACUCAAGCGUCUGGAAGAUGCUGUUAACGAUGAGAUAUACGAGCUUGCCAAAUCUGCAGUAAUGGAUGAAAUUGCAGAAACUAACAAAAGCUCUCCGGAAAGCAAGCUGGUAGCAGAUGCUAGUAAUACAGAAAGUGAAUUCGAGGACAGUGGGAGAGAAAGAGAGUUAGCUCAAUCUGGGAAAACUCUUCAUUCAGAUGAUUCAGCUGAUGUGGGUGGCGAUGGAUCUCCCACCCACACCCGAGGGCAUUCAGUUGAGCAGUCUAAUGUUACUCCUUCAGAUGAGAUGCUCACCAAGGCUGGCUCUUCAGCUGUGGAAGAUAUUGACAUGGAUGUUGAUAUGGAGGUUGAAGAACCAGUUCCAGUGUCUUCUGUUCAAGUGAUAGAUGCUUCUGAUGUUAAGACGUUCAGUCAAACAGAGCCAUCGGACCUUCAUACAGACGUUCCACCACCUCCAGGUGAGGAAUGGAUUCCGCCACCGCCGUCUGAGAGUGAAGAUGUUCCUCCACCGCCACCAGACAGUUAUAGUGAACCAGUUCCUCCACCACCUCUUGAAACUGGUCAUGUCCCUCCAAUUUUGUCUACUGACUCUCUGGGAAUUUCCUACACCGUACCUCAAUCUUAUAUGCAGCAAUCUACGGAUUACGCGGCACAAUACAACUUAUCCUAUCCAGAGUCCAGUUAUCAGUAUAUUGCCAACACUCAGUUCUAUGGCCAUGUUGACGGAUCUCAAGUCUCUCUGCCCCAGUCGACAUAUUAUUAUGAAACUGCUCCCGGUACGAGUGAAGUUACUCCUGCAGCAGCCAGUGCCGUUGAAGCUUAUUACGAUUUCAAAGGUGCAGCUCCGCUGUUUCCAGUCAUUAGCUCUGCGGAGUCAUCUCUGCAUCACAGUGGAGUUGGUGCUGCUAAUUUCAACAUCCCAAGCAACUCGUCUACAGCUGUAGAGCCUAGCUCCAGAUCCAACGACACUGCUGAAAUGGCAUCUAUGGGCACUGCUACUCAGUCCACAGAUGUCACAGGUGGAUCUUCGCUGUUAGCGAAGGGCCAAUCUAACGUAAAACGGCCUAAAAAGCGGACAGUUGCUGCAUCUUCGUUAAAGUCAAACAAAAAGGUUUCGAGUUUGGUGGACAAGUGGAAAGCUGCGAAAGAGGAGCUAAACGAUAGUGAAGAAGAAGAGGAAGAAGAAGAUUACGGGAUCCUAGACAGGAAAAGACGACGAGAAAUCGAAGAAUGGAAAUCCAGACAAAUCGCUAGCGGAGAGGCUAAAGACAACGCAAAUUUCCAACCCCUCGGUGGUGACUGGCGUGAGAAAGUGAAACGGAGGAAAGAGCGAGCAGGACGUGAAACUGUCGAUUCUAAGAAGAAAGAAGAAAAGGAACAAAAACCUGAUCUAACCAAACUCUCAGCACAUCUUCCAUCGGGAUGGCAGGCGUAUUGGGACGAAUCUAGCAAAAAAGUUUACUAUGGGAAUACAUCUACAUCUCAAACCUCUUGGACACGACCCACUACCACUUGA